AUGCCCACCGAAAUUCCUGGCCCACCCGGUGUGCCCGUCCUGGGCAACAUCUUCGAUGUCAACCCCAAUGAGACCUGGAACUCUCUCAACAGUCUGGCCAGCAAAUAUGGCCCCAUUUUCAAGAUCAACGUGCUGGGUCACCAAAUCGUCUUUAUCUGCAGCGUGGCUCUACUCGAGGAGAUCUGCGACCAAACACGAUUCCGCAAGUGCGUCACCGGUCCCGUCGUGGAGAUUCGGUAUUCCGUGCACGACAGUCUGUUUACCGCGUAUGAUGACGAGGAGAGCUGGGGGAUUGCCCACCGAAUUAUGAUGCCACACCUUACCCAGGAAGCGACCGAUAGCGUGUACAGCGAUAUGAUGGAAGUCGUCCCCGACCUUACCAAGAAGUGGAGCGCGGGCACCAAGCAACGCGUGAAGGCGAGCGACGAUCUCGAUCUGAUUCUGUUAGCAUCGUGUAUGAAGUGUUUCUUCAACGAGCGGGUGCACGUGCUAGGUGAGAAGGAUGAGGUCCAAAAGAAAGCUUGGGAUAUGGUCCAGGGAUGGGAGGGCGCCACCAUGGAAGCGAUGAAACGGCCCACUCGCCCGAAGGUGUUGAACUGGCUAUACCAGAGCCGAUUCUCUAGCUUGACCAAGACCAUGCGCAAUUACGCCACCGAUAUUGUGAAGCGCCGGAAGGAUAACCCUGAGCUGGCUCGCAAAGACAUGCUGGAUGCCCUCUUGAACGGCGUCGAUCCCGAAAGUGGCUUGAAGCUCAAGGACUCUCAGGUGCUGGAUGAAAUCGUCACGAUCUUCAUUGGUGCUGCAACGGCCGCCAAUCUCCUCACUUAUGCCGUAUACUAUCUCAGCAACAACCCCGAAGCCCUGAAGAAGGGCCAAGAUGAGAUUGACGCCGUCGUGGGAGAUGGUCCAAUUGAUCUUUCUCACUUGAAGCAGUUAAACUACGUCGAGGCCAUUCUCCGAGAGACCAUUCGUCUGUCCGCUACCGCACCCGGCUUCAACAUUGAGCCAAUUCCCCCUAAGGACAGCAAAGAUAAGACUCCCGUGCUCCUAGCCGGUGGUGAAUAUCAGAUUCCGAACAACCAGCCCAUGAUUGCCAUUCUGAAUGCUGUUAACCGUGACCCCGCUGUGUUCGAGGACCCAUUGGCCUUCAAGCCGGAGCAGGUGCUCGGUGACAAGUGGGACAAGCUGCCUGCUGCCGCCAAGAAGGGCUUCGGCAACGGCAAGCGCGAGUGUAUCGGUAAACUGUGGGCUUGGCAGUGGUCUUUCUUCACAUUGGCCAACAUUAUCAAGGACGUUUCAUUCGAGUUGGAGGAUCCAAACUACAAGCUUCAUGCAAACGGUGCUUUCAGUAUCAAGCCGAUGGACAUGUUCGUGCUUGUCAGCGGUCGCCAAAAGUAG